AUGCCUCCAGCAGCGGUGCACCACGGGGAGCUUGGGCUCCUGCUGUCGCGGUUGCCGAAGGCACUCUUGCAGCGUCGACAUCUGCGUCGAGCACUACACGCCUGGCGGCCGGGAGUCUUCCGUGGCCGGCUCUCCCAAGUUUAUUGCAUCCCGCUCCGGUAUUGUGAUGGAUGCUAUCCUGGAGGGAAUAUACCGGGCUUCUGGCCUCCUAUCUACGGGCUCGUUGGCUUGAAGUUGCUCCUCUGGUCGAAGGCUACGGUAUUCAUUGAUCAGAAUCUCCAGGAACUCUCAAUUUCGCACCCGGCGUCAUCCAGCUACACUCGCCAGCCAUUAUCGCCUACUCUGGGACCAGAGAACUUCGCGGUUCAUCUAACGACUCUGAUGUCCCUGGUCAAGCGAUCAGCAUCUGGACUCACGUUUAAGAAAAUCCUCAAUGGUGAUCUUCUCGCAACUAGCAGGGAUUUCGAGGGGUACGUUGUUUGUCCGUUGGUCAAGAGCUUACCGACUGCGAGGCUCGGUAUCACAUAUGUUAUGCAGAGCGUGUUGCGGGACAGAGGAGAGCCGGACGGCAGUCUAAAGACAGCAGAUUCGAUCCCGGACACUCCGUAUUUAUACGUGCUUACCGCCAGACCGCUGAUAACAUCCCUUGGAAGGUCCUUUUCGCCACGACGCUGA